AUGUCCCUCACACAUUCCCAAGUAGAGGCUCUACAUCGCGGCCUGCCGCCCUUCAGCCCGAGCGUGCCAACUGAGCUGCUGCCCUACCUCGCGUUCGUACUGCUGGCAGCGACAUUCGGGCUGGCUUUCUACUUCUCCACCCUGCCCAAAGCUACUGUCCCCGCCCGCGAGCUCGCCGUCGCAUCCCUUGCCAGUGUACUGGGUGGCUUCGGCGUGGUUGCUCUCUUUUGCAGCGUUGGUGUAUACGUGUAG